CGAUCCACUUAUGAGACAAAAAAUGUAAUUUACCCAAUUCAAUAAAUACCUACUACAAUUUCCAUCAAGAAAGUUAAAACUUGAAAGGUUACUCAAUGUUAUUAAAACUGAAUACAAGAAAAAUAAUGACAGAAAACAAAAAUAAUUAACAUGAAACCUCAAAACUAAUCACAAUCGCAUCCAUAUGGACCAUACACGAACCAAAAUCAAGACAUGCCUUGCAAGAACUAUGCCACCUCUUUUGAGGGAGCUAAAAGAACACGGCUGAUAACUUUCUCCAGAUUCUCGGAAGAUGAACUCUGGGCAGAAGCCACAGCAAGUUUCUUCCACUCCAUGGCCCUUCUCUUCAUCUCUUGGCCCUCUUCGCCAAUCAUCAACUUCCUCACGAGGAUCUCCACCUCCUCUCUCUCUCUCUGCCCCCCACCCCCCUCAAUUCCCCUCUCUGACGCCCCAAAGACACACCAAUUCACACAGGGAGAAGUUUUUACAUGCAGGAGUGGUUUCCUGAUAAUGAUCUCGAUAACCUCGGCGGAGUUGAACUACCUCAUCUUCCGUUAUCUUAACGAAUCUGGAUUUACGCAUUCCGCAUUUGCUUUGGGCUAUGAAGCAGGAAUCAACAAGAGUACCAUUGAUGGCAACCUUGUUCCUCCUGGUGCUCUUGUUACAUUUGUUCAGAAAGGAAUUCAAUAUCUUGAACUAGAAGCAAAUCUGAGUAAUGAUGAUUUGGACACGGAUGAAGAUUUCCAGUUUCUACAUCCUCUGGAUCUUAUAACGAAAGAUGUGGAUGAACUUCGGAAGAUCAUAAAAGAGAAAAAAGAAAAUAUUCAGAAGGAUAAAUCUAAGGGAAAGGAGAAAGAAAUUAUUGAAAACGGCAGGGAACAUGACCGUGGGCUUGCAAUGGAAAAAGACAAGGAACUUGCAAGGGAAAAGGAAAAUGAAAAACAACAGAGGGAGAAAGAAAAAGAACGAGACAGAGAGAGAACGGAGAAAGAAAAGGAGAAAGCAAAAGGCAAAGAAAAGGAAAAGCCAUUUGAGGAUGUCAGUGAUGUGAACCAUAAUGGAGAUGAGAUUAAUGGCAGACUUGAGGAGAAUGGAACUGAUGGAGGGCCAGAGCCAAUGGAUAUUUGCACAAGUCUAGUGUCCUUGCCCUGUGAGAUCCCAAAUAGUGAUGUAACUGUGUUGCAAGGCCAUACUUCUGAGGUUUUUGCUUGUGCAUGGAACCCAACUGGAUCCCUUCUUGCUUCUGGAUCUGGAGAUUCAACUGCUAGAAUUUGGAACAUUGAUGGACCAUCUAGCUCCAAUAUGGAAAAUGGGCCUUUCAAUGUUGUAUUAAGGCAUUUCAAGGGUAGAACAAAUGAAAAGAGCAAGGAUGUGACAACACUUGAUUGGAACGCUGAGGGAACCCUGCUUGCUACUGGUUCGUAUGAUGGCCAAGCAAGGAUAUGGAGUAGAGAUGGGGAGUUGAUCAGUACAUUAAAUAAACACAAAGGGCCAAUUUUCUCUUUGAAGUGGAACAAGAAAGGGGAUUUUCUUCUUAGUGGAAGUGUUGAUAAAACUGCAAUUGUAUGGGACGUUAAGACAGGCGAAUGGAAACAACAAUUCGAAUUUCACACAGCUCCUGCCCUUGAUGUUGAUUGGCGAAACAAUGUUUCAUUUGCUACAUGCUCCACUGAUAGCAUGAUAUAUGUCUGUAAAGUCGGAGAGAAUCGACCAAUCAAAAGCUUCUCAGGACAUCAGGGGGAAGUUAAUGCCAUCAAGUGGGACCCAACAGGCUCCCUUCUGGCAUCAUGCUCUGAUGAUUCUACAGCAAAGAUAUGGACGAUGAAACAAGACACUUGCCUGCUUGAUUUGAGGGAACAUUCCAAAGAGAUAUAUACUGUGCGAUGGAGUCCAACAGGGCCUGGGACCAACAACCCUAAUCAGCAACUGGUGCUGGCAAGUGCAUCCUUUGAUUCAACCAUAAAGCUAUGGGAUGUAGAAGCCGGGCGUCUUCUGCACAGCUUAAAUGGCCACAGGGAUCCAGUUUACUCUGUUGCAUUUAGUCCAAAUGGCGAAUAUUUGGCUAGCGGAUCACUAGAUAAAUGCAUGCACAUAUGGUCCGUGAAGGAAGCUAAGAUCGUGAAGACAUUCACCGGAAAUGGUGGGAUCUUUGAAGUAUGCUGGAACAAGGAAGGUGAUAAAAUUGCUGCUUGUUUCGCAAACAACGUUGUGUGCGUCUUGGAUUUCCGAAUGUAAAGAUUGCAAGAUUCUUUUGUGCAUUGGGUACCGCAAAUUCUUAUUGUUAGUACAGGCAAUGGGUUUGGGUGAUGCUAACGUAGUGUAGGCCUUUGGUUUCAGCUCAAUCUGCUGUUAGAAUGCAUUUUUACACCUUUCGAGCAUUGAAGAAACUGGAGCUAAAACCUCUUGUAUGGCUAUUUUGUGUAAAUUCGUAGUACUGUCCUAAAUAGGCUUCAUGGAUCGUUAUUUUAGGAAAUUUUAAUUUGAGGACA